AUGAAGACCAAAAUCACUAAGAAGACAAUUUUGAAGUUUAUUGGAAUACUGCUGUUAAUCCUUGUACUUUCAGUUUUAAUUUUAUUUGCUGUUGUGAUCGGUAGGACAUUUACAUUUAAAGUAAACACAGAACUUGGACAAUGGGAAAAUGCAACAACAAUUUAUCCCACUUUAAGUCCAGAACAGAAAAAGCAGCUGCUGGGAAAUUUGAAAGUGGCAGUUCAGAUUCCCACAGUGUCAUUUUCAGAGUCAGAACAGAACACAACUGCCCUGCAAGAGUUUGACCAGCUACUGAGAAGGGUCUUCCCAAAGAUCUUCUCAUCCAGUCUGGUCCAGCAUGAGAUGGUGGGAAACUACAGCCACCUGUUGACGGUACCAGGAAGCGAGCCUGAUCUGGAGCCGUACAUGCUGCUGGCACACAUUGAUGUAGUGCCGGCCGAUGAGGCGGAUGGGUGGGAUGCUCCUCCUUUCUCUGCUCGAGAGCUCAGUGGCUUCAUUUAUGGACGAGGAACCAUCGACAAUAAACAGUCUGUGAUGGGGAUCCUUCAGGCAUUGGAAUACCUGCUGGAACGAGGUUACACUCCUCGGAGAAGCUUCUACAUUGGCUUGGGUCACGAUGAGGAGAUCAGUGGCCCACAAGGUGCUGUGAAUAUCGUGAAGCUCCUGAAGAGUCGUGGGGUGAAGCUUCUGUAUGUUUUAGAUGAAGGUCUCACGAUCAUGGAUGGUGUGGUAGAUGGCCUGAUCGGACCUGGUGCCCUAAUUGGUGUGAGUGAGAAAGGUGAGGCCACAGUAAAGCUGAGUGCCAGCACUCCUCCAGGACAUUCAUCCAUGCCUCCCAGAGAAAGCAGCAUUGGCAUCUUGGCUUCAGCAGUUACAAGGUUGGAGAAGAACCGGAUGCCCAAUCUUUUUGGUCAUGGUCCAGAGCGUGCCACAUUUGAGCAUCUGGCACAUAAGUUUGGCUGGCCAUACAGAAUGGUCAUGUCUAAUCUGUGGCUCUUCUCUUCGCUGCUCAGCGGUGUUUUGGAAGGACAGCCUGACACAAAUGCAUUUGUGAGGACAACAACUGCCGUCACAAUGUUUAACUCUGGUGUUAAGAUUAAUGUAAUGCCAGCAUAUGCUGAGGCCUUUGUCAAUUUCCGCAUUCACUCUUCCCAGACACUGCAAGAGGUUCUAAAGCUGAUUGAAUCCACCAUAUCUGAUGAGCGUGUGAAGGUAGAGUUUGUCAGUGGAUUCGACCCGCUGCCCAUCAGCUCGUAUGAUGAGGAUACAUUCGGGUACCAGAUCAUAAAGAAAACAGUGCAUGACAUUUUUCCUGAGGUCACUGUGUCUCCUGGUAUGUGCGUGGGGAACACUGACAGCCGUCACUACACAGAACUGUCUCCGGACAUUUAUCGUUUUGCCCCAUCAUGGUACAAACCUGGAGAUUCUGCGAGAUUUCACGGUGUGAACGAGAGAAUCUCCAUCCAGAACUAUGAAGAGAUUGUGCUGUUCUACUUCCAGCUCAUGCAGAACAGUGACAUCAGGAACUUGCCAGGACCUCGCACCUAAAAUAAAUAGGAAUUCUGUGGAAGUUCUAAUGAGAGCAAAUGAACUUAGUUUGG